UUAGAAGGUGACUUUUGGGACACUGCAUGCUGUCUCGCUCUUUUUCUCUUUCCGGUUGUCAGACGCAGAAAGAACAAAAUGAGGAAGAUUAUGAAAUCGGGGAAGGUGGUGCUGGUCCUCAGUGGACGGUACGCUGGCCGAAAGGCCAUCAUCGUACGAACAUUCGAUGAUGGAACCUCAGACAAGCAAUUCGGUCAUGCUCUCGUGGCAGGAAUUGAUCGGUAUCCGCGCAAAGUGACUGGAAGUAUGGGCAAAGCUAAGCUAAAGAAGAAGUCUAAGAUUAAGCCUUUCCUCAAGAUCCUAAACUACAAUCACUUGAUGCCAACACGCUACAGCGUUGACAUCCCCUUCGAGAAGGUGUCCGUAAGGGAUUUGAAGGAUCCGGUUAAGAGGAAAACACACCGUUUCCAGACGCGUGUCAAAUUUGAAGAAAGAUACAAGGCCGGAAAGAACAAGUGGUUCUUCCAGAAGCUCCGAUUCUAAGCUCGUUUCCGGAGUCAAAUUGUGAAGAGUGGGUGUUCUCGGUUUAUAAUAAAACUUGCUUAUUAUAGACUAAAAAA